UAUUUAAAGCCCUACGUACUUGUUGAGUUAAUUAUCAAGAUCUAAUAGAAAUAUUUAAUUUUUAAUUUCAAUUAUCUAGUUGAACCGUCUUGCCACUUUUGUAUCUUUAUGAAUGAAUAUUACAUUAAUUUUUGGCAAGUUUGUACAUCCAGUGUUUUCAGGAUUACAAGAAUUGCGAUAUGCCUAAUUUUCCUAGCGAUAUUCCUGCUUAUGGUGGCCUAUGGGACCCUCACCAUUGCCUUGGAGGACAAAAUCCCCCUCUAAGUGGGUACCCUGACAUUUUUUCAGCAUUUAAUUCAGAAUUAGUUUGGCAACGACAGCAGUGUGGAGGUUUCGUGGGUAAUCGUGUGAAUAGAAAUGGUACAAAUAACAAUUCUACAAAUUCUACUAAAAAACCGAGACGAAGGGUGGCAACGGUGGCUCAAAGAAGGGCUGCUAAUAUUCGAGAACGUAGGAGGAUGUUCAAUUUGAACGAGGCUUUCGAUAAAUUAAGACGAAAAGUUCCAACUUUUGCGUACGAAAAACGCCUUUCUAGAAUUGAAACAUUACGUUUGGCAAUAACAUACAUUAGUUUUAUGACUGAACUUUUGCACGGGACUGUACCCGAUCAUAAGAACGCAGAACUUUAUGCGCAGAGGGAUUAUAUUUCGUACGGCUUGCUGAAUUAAAAAGAUAUAAACCAUAUACGGUAAAAAGAUGUCAGAAAACUAUAUAACAUGUUUUUUUUACUAUUUUUUUGGUAUAUGUAGACUUUAUAGCCAAUAAUGCUUGUAU